AACUACAUUUCCCGUCAUGCUCUGCUUCCAUCUCUCUCUUAGGGACUCCGAGCAAAUUCUUCACCUCUUUCCUUUCUGUUAGGGAGACAAAAUGAUUGAGGAGUCCUAUGAAGCUAGAGGGCGCUGUGUCCGGAAUUGAGGGACGGCCCCUUCCUCGAGGGAUUCUCCGGCCUGAGAGGCGACCAUGAAUAAUCUCGGUGAAGGCAGCAGGUGCGGGGCCGUCAGGUCCCUCUUAGACCAAUGCCUUUAUUGCUUAACAAGAAACAUAUCCAGAUACGCUGCAGAGAUUAAGCCUUUGCCCCCCAACCUCAAAGAUAAGUUAAUUAAAUCACUCAGUGUCCGAGGACUGAUCACCGAUUCGAAUAUUAGUAUGAUUCUGCACCCUGCAGUAGAGACUUUGGACCUUCGGGACUGUGAUAUCUCAGACAAUGCUCUGCUACAGCUUUGUAACUGCAAGCAACUUAAAAAAAUUAAUGUUAAUGUUUGGAAAGAUAAGAGAUUGGCUGUUACCUCAGAAGGGGUCUCAGCACUGGCCUUGUCAUGCCCCUAUUUGUAUGAAGCCUCUUUUAAACGAUGCAGCAACCUUACAGACAGCGGAGUCCUUUCUCUUGCCCUUCACUGUCCACUUUUACGAAUAGUUAACAUAGGUGGUUGCUCCAGCAUCACAGAUGCAUCACUGCAGGCAUUCGGGCAGAAUUGCAAACACUUGCAUAGUGUGGACUUUUCAUCUACUCAAGUUACUGACAAUGGUGUAAUUGCUCUUGUUAGCGGAAAUUGUUCAAACAAUUUAAAGGAGAUCCAUAUGGAACAUUGUGUGAAUCUGACAGAUGUAGCUGUGGAAGCUGUCCUCACUUGCUGUCCAAGAAUAUACAUUCUUCUUUUCCAUGGAUGCCCACUGAUAACAGAUCAUUCAAGAAUAGCCCUGGAGCAGCUGGUUGGACCAAAGAAAUUUAAGCAGAUUUCGUGGACUGUUUACUGAUUUUUUGUUUUGUUUAUUGUUUUUUGUUUCUAUAAAGUUGUAAACAGUAGUUCUUUUUCAGGAAAGAACCAUUGCUCGGAAAACAUCUCAUGAGGUAAUAUAGAUUGUAUUUAUUCCUGUUGACAGCCUAAGUUGCCACACAUGUUCCUUCUUGCCCAUCUCUAGUUGUAUUAAUAAUAUGUUGAUAUUUAAAAUAAUGAAGACCUUUGUUUUAGCUUUUGCACAAGGAUAGCAUCUGAGGGCUCGAACAAAUACUUGCGAACCAUUACAGUCCAAAUACAACAUUCUGUACUGAUAAGGGGCCAAAAUGUAGGACGUAGUGAGUCAGCAAGGCAUGGGAACAAGUCCUGAAGAAAUGUUUCAUGCUCAACCAUUACUUAUGAAGACCAUUUAUGUGUCAAGAUAUUGGUUAUAAUUGGAGUCAUGUUGUAUUUGUGUUGCUUCUGAUGUUGAAAUAAAAGCACCAACCUUCAA